GUCUCAGGGCAGCCCACAGGAACACCACAACAAUGGCUGCUGUCAUUUCCAGCAUUCUCUAAGGACCCCUCAUCCUCCUCAACCUCUCAACCACUCUGCCCUGCGCUCUGAAACGGCGCAGUCAGCAGAACCGGACUGAGCUGCCCUGAGAUGUCGGGCACCAUUCCCCCCCCCCCCCCCCCCCCCCCCCUCGCUGCUUAAGAGCCUCUUGAAUCGUUCCGUGAAAGGAUUCUAUUGAUCGGCAGGCUCCUCCGAUCCAGACAGAUAGUUCAAUUGAUCUGUUAUCUGCCUGGGUUGAAAGGGGGAAAUUGCGCACACACAGCAAUAGUCAGGGAAGACUUAAUACGAUGGUUGUUUUGUAACGCAUGGCCAUAGAGGAAGUCUGUAUGUUUUAUUUGUUAUUUGUUUAGGGUUGUUUUCCGGGGGGGGGGGGGGGGGGGUUCUUUGGAACCCAGUGAACUGGGUCUGAGGUCUUGUGUCGUGUUGGUCUUGUCCCCAUGUGUCCAGCAACCCAAAGCUACGCGACUUCACCUCCACCCCCCCUCCCCAGAGGAACGGCUCGGGAGGGGGGGCACACAGGCGGCGCCAACCCCUCAGGGCUGUGCGUGGGGACCCCCGGGGCCGGACCCAUGGGGCCCAGUCCUCACAUGAUGCGCAGAGGUACAAAGAAACCAGCCCCCGCCCCUCCUAAACCAGCUAACCCCCCUCCAGGCCAGCCCAGUAACCCCUCCCCAGGCUCCGCCCAGUCCCUAAGCCCCUCUCCCCCGGCCCGUCUCCAGCCACUCCCCACCUCCCCCACGGCCCAGCCCUGCGCCAUCCCCAGACGCCACUCCAACAACCAGCCCCACAUCCAGGCCCCCAACCACCCCCCUCCCCAGCCCCCCUCGCAGGUCAGCCCCCCCCCCCAGCCAAGAGCUCUCCCCCAGCCCCAAGGGGACCCCCUCGGGACGGAGCCCUCCCCUCCAGACACCCCCACCCCACCAGACACCCCCCCGCCGUCCUCUGCCCCCCAGGACAGCCCUGGCGCCCCCUCAGCCACGCCCUUCCAGUCAGGAUCCCUCCCCAGGCCGCGGCCGGUGCCCAAGCCCAGGAACAGGCCCAGCAUCCCCCCUCCUCCGCAGCCCCCCCAACCCUGCCGGCGACACCAACGGCCUCUGCAGCACGGCAUACAAGAUCAUGGGUUAAGGAUCGCUUGUGACAGAGACCCCGCCCUCUCCCUGAAGGGGUUCACCAGAGCCUUCGUCCCUGACUUCGCUGUGGACCAGCAGCCAGUGGCGGCCGCCCCCGUGCCCUCUCACAGAGACUCUGAGCUGGACACUGAGAGCACCGUCCUGUGAGGAGGGGGACGCGCUCGGCUUCAGAAUCAAGCGCACCUUCCUGUCCCCCCCCCGCCCGGUCCUGCCUCUUCCCUCCUCCGCCUGUGUCCCAGCACCACCCUCCGCCCCUUGACUGCCACACCUCAGCUGCUCGCUCUCUCUCUCUCUCUCUCUCUCUCUCUCUCUCUCUCUCUCUCUCUCUCUCUCUCUCUCUCUCUCUCUCUCUCUCUCUCUCUCUCUCUCUCUCUCUCUCUCUCUCUCUCUCACACACACAGACACACACACACACACACUGCAGCCCUGUUUCAGCUCCUGCUCCAGUCGUGUACUUGAUAGCUGCCACUCUGUUGCAUUGACAAAGCCAACGCUGAAGCUUUGUUUAACUGGAUGACGCACAGAAAUUAAGAGUUACAGUAAAGAUGCAGAGAGAAAUGGAACUAUGUAUUUGGAUGGGAUUGCACCUGGAAGGGACAUGGUGUGGGUUGGCAACUAUGGAUUGACAAGACCAGUAGUGGUAUGAGGUGAUUUUGAUAUUGUUUAUUGACCAAGGCCUUAGAUUAUGAUAUAUAAUAACUUUUUUUUCUUUUUUUUUCUGUCUCUCAAGCACAGGAAAUGUGUUGGAAAUUGUAGAAACCAAAAAAAAAGAAAAGACAAACAUGUCUGUUUCUGAAAGUGUAGCUGGUGACUGCAGGUUUCCAGUCAGAUCAGACCACUUCCAUACCUGUUUUUUAUGAAACUCCUCCUUUUCACCUGUUUUUUUUGUAUAUGUUUCUCUUCCAAAAGACCCAUUCCCUGUGGCUUGAGUAAACUGCAGUCUUUUGGAUCAUGCCUUACUGUGUUAGCACUGCUAGCAUACAGUACAUGCUAGUAGUGGUAGGAUCCUUGUGUUACCCUACAUGCUGUAUGUUCUAGCUUUGUAGGCGAUGAAUAUUUUGCCUUUCUAUUUGUCAUGUUUACUCUGAUGUUGCUGGGGCAUUAAAAUGACUUUGAGUGAAUGUAGGGAAAGGUGAUCUGAAGCGCAUAUACACGCUUUUUUUUUGUUUCUUCAUUUAAGCUGAUAGCUUUAGAAUCCCUCAAAAUGAUUCAAAAUGCCAUUGAAAGCAUCUUCAGGAGAGCUUCUUGGUGAACAGGUUUCCAUGUGGAAGACUCUCCUUUCUAACACUCUGAGCUGGGUUUACAAGCAUUGUAAAAUCUCAGUGGUGAGGUGGUGUUAGAUUGUCCAAGGCCAGCUUUUUUCUAUUUGUGUGUGUAAAGUUUUGCUUUUGCCUUGAAUAUAAUGCAGGGAUAGGUUGGUGAACCGCCCGCUAUGGUACCAAUAGCAACGUCUUGGAUGCGUUAGUUGUCCUGGAAAUCAGUUCAUUAUAUGUACUGUUUUUCAGCGACAAUCAUGCCUUUAGUCUUGCUGGUAUUUCCUGCCCUCUAUCUCUCUCUCUCUCAUACCUCGCUGCCUUAUCCUUCAGCAUAGAGGACUCCCUAGUGAGGCACCAAGAAACGAACAAAUGCCAUGAAACUAGAGACAUGAAGACAGUCCUGCAUUUGGAGCUCGGUCGUUUUAUAUGCAGAUUGUUGAGCUGAUUCAUGAAAUAAAAAUGUAAUAUGAAUGCUUGGUUAUACUCCUUUCCAAAGAAAAUAAAAUAUAAGAAUAAAAUGGAA